AUGACUUCUCCCGCUGUUGCUGCUCAAUCCCUGACGCCAGCCGCUGUACAAGCGGCGUAUGGCCUCAUCCAGCCCUAUGUGCACCGCACGCCGCUGUUGACCUGCAAAACACUUGAUACCAUCGCAUCCACGCCGCAGACCCCCGAAGCGCUGGUUGGAACACCAUUCGAAGGCCAAACCCCCGCACACCCCCGAAUUAGAUUCUUCUUCAAGUGCGAGAACUUCCAGCGAAUUGGUGCCUUCAAGGCGCGAGGCGCAUUCCAUGCCUUGUUGCGCCUGUUGGAAGAACGCGGGGAAGAAGUAAAACGGCGCGGGGUGAUUACCCACAGCUCUGGAAAUCAUGCACAAGCUCUCGCUCUCGCUGCUUCAACCCUAGGCGUCCCUGCCUACAUCGUGAUGCCCCGUAUCAGUACACCAUCCAAAAUCGCAGGCACGCAGUCCCACGGCGCCGAGGUCAUCUUCAGUGGAUCGACGAGCGUAGAACGUGAAGCUGUGGUAGCAGAGAUUCAAGCGAAGACAGAUGCAAUUCUGGUGCCGCCAUAUGAUGAUUUCAAUAUCAUUUGCGGACAGGGAACAACGGCUCUGGAGCUGGAGGCGCAGCACGCCGAGGCUCGAUCUCAAGCGCUAGAUGCUGUCAUCACUCCCAUUGGUGGCGGUGGUCUCAAUUCUGGUGUUGCGACGUGGUUCUCGGAUAAGAAGACGCGUGUGUUUGGCGCAGAACCUAGUUUCGAAGGUGCGGACGACUGCCGGCGUGGAUUGCAAGCCAAGAAGCGUGUUGAGGCAGUUGGCACACUCACUAUCGCGGAUGGGCUUCGCACCCCAGUGGGAUUGAUCAAUUGGGAGGUUAUUUCUAACGAGAAGAGAGUUGAGGGAGUGUUUGCUGUGACUGAAGAGCAGAUCAAGUCGGCCAUGCGGUUGGUUCUGGAACGUAUGAAGGUUGUUGUUGAACCUAGUGCGGUCGUUGGCUUAGCUGUUUGUCUCUUCGAUGAGGAUUUCCGACGCCGCGUAGAACAAGAGGGCGGCGAAGGUGGUUGGGAUAUUGGCGUUGUGUUCAGUGGUGGUAACACGACUGUUGAAGCCAUCGCCAAAUUGUUUACAUAG